AUGUCAACCACUCUCAUCGCUUACCAGUGGAAUCACUGUCAUCAGCUACCGAUGUCAACCACUCUCAUCGCUUACCAGUGGAAUCACUGUCAUCAGCUACCGAUGUCAACCACCUUCAUCGCCUACCAGUGGAAUCACUGUCAUCAGCUACCGAUGUCAACCACCUCCAUCGCUUACCAGUGGAAUCACUGUCAUCAGCUACCGAUGUCAACCACUCUCAUCGCUUACCAGUGGAAUCACUGUCAUCAGCUACCGAUGUCAACCACUCUCAUCGCCUACCAGUGGAAUCACUGUCAUCAGCUACCGAUGUCAACCACCUUCAUCGCCUACCAGUGGAAUCACUGUCAUCAGCUACCGAUGACAACCACCUCCAUCGUCUACCAGUGGUAA